UCUCGGAUACCAUCCCCUGAUGCGGCACCGGGUAGCAAGCGCAUAGAUGACCCCAUACUGACAGCGACGACACAGCACGGACAUUCUUCUGCGACACCGCGUGGUUAAUAUAUCGGCAGUAUUAGCAGUGGUAGUAUCGCCGCCGCGCGUGAACAGGGACAUACGUGUUAAUGACAGCUUCGGACGAGUUGGCAAUCACAGAUCCUCUCCCGAGCAUGGGGUUCUUAAAUAAUGGCGAGCGGAUGACGGCGAUAGCGAUGUUGCUUGUCGGUGCGGUGGCACUGAUUGCUCUCGUACUUGGAGCCGUCAGUCUAUCCCGAGGGCCGGCGCAGAUCAACAUUAAUGGUCAGGGAACGACGCCGGGCGGAGCUGGAACAGCAGCCGCCUACACAGGCACGGGUGGCGGCGUCGCAGUCUCGUACGAUAAGCUCUGGAUGUUUGCUAUCGGCCACGACUUCUCGCCGUACGAAUACCAAAAUGAUCAAGGCUACACUCAAGGCUUCAACGUGGACCUUAUUGAUGCAGUUUGUAGGGAAGCCGGGGUUAAGUGCUCAACGGUAUACGAUGACUACAACAACUGUUGGAACGGAGUGCCAGGAAAGCAUCCGCUACCGGGGCCAGGACUAAUGGGUCGCUGGUACGACGCCUGCACGGGCUGGUCGCAGCAUGCUUCCCGCCUCAACAGCGUUGGCUUCACAAACCCGUGGACGGGCACCGGCAAGCCGAGUUUCAUGAUCUUAAAAAACAACCCGGACGGAUUCAAUAAUCGUGACGUCACCGGAAAGAAGAUCGGAUUUCUCGAUGGCUGGAUUGGCGACGAAAACUGCCUAACACGCCAGACUGCUAUUAGCGGAAACCAGCUAACCCUUGGUCAGAUCAAACACUAUAAGGAUCUUGCUGACGCGAUGAAAGCCAUGCAGUCUAAAGAGAUUGCUGCGUUGUUCCACUCCACCGGAAUCACGUAUGAUCAGGCAAGAUACGAGUUCAUAGGAGUGGAAAGCGACUACACCUCGUGUACAAUCGCUGGUCUGUCGAUGAUGACCAGGAAGGACAGCGCGCUGGCAAUGUGGUGGAACCCCGCCUUCGGAAGGAUAAAAGAGAAAGGAAUAUUCCAGAGGAUAUGUGAAGAUGCCACGAAGAAUCACAUUAAAACCGACGAGAAUAUUGCCUGCAUUCAAUAGACAAGAUGCGUCCGUAACGCAUCACAGCAGUAGAGAGGAUGGUACCUUCCAAAAUCGGAGAUGGCGUCGUAUUUUUAAUUCCACGUGGGCAUCUUUCUGAGACUUCACUUCAUAUAUCCUCGGCUGGCUGGGCGCUAAAUGAGUAGUCAGAAUUGUAAAAAUGUAGAACUAUUAGAAGACAACGCCAUCGAUAACAUGAAAUCAGAUAGAAAUAACUAUAGAAUUGCACUAAUGUUCAAGUAUUAACGUCACACGGAAAAUUGUUCGAAUAUAUCAAACGCGUUUUUUUUCAAAUAUAGAGUUUUAUUUUCCUGAGCUGUUGUAUUGUUAAAAUGUUAAAAUUUACCGUAUUGUGAAUGCCACAUUUGUCUAAAAUCGUGGUAUUGUUAAUUAAUCAAAAACAUUGCAUAUGUUGACAUUAAAUGCUCUGUCUGAAAACGUUGCGAAGGUGCGAGAAACUCAUAUUUAUGGGCCUUUAUAUCUUAAUUGUAGUUCGUUUAUCAUGUCAGGAAAAUAAAAAUAAAAACGAUAACUGAAACUA